CAGCCUCCUGCGCAGUCAUCACCAUCAGCGUCAGAGAAAAAGAGAGGAAUCCAGAGAUAGAGAAAGAGCAAAAUUAGGAGCAGUGGGAUUGAAGGAAAAUGGGGGAAUCGUCAGAAGCGUCGCAGCAAUCGUUCCUGAGGAGGCACUGGGAGGGCUACAAGGAGUUCUGGGCCGAGAGGUUUUCGUUCUUGGACAACUAUUCCAGGUUCAUCGAUAAGCCCCUCCCCUCAUGGUCCGCUUCCGAUGUCGACGAGUUCAUUGCUUCGGACCCUGUUCACGGCCCCACUCUGAAAACUGCUAGGGAAGCAGUGAACUUUGGUCUCACAGGAAGUGUUAUUGGAGCAGUGUCUACUGCAGGUGUUGCCUGGAAAUAUUCAAGGAGCGUACAUGGUGCUGGGCUGUCCUUUCUAGCGGGAGGUGUGUUUGGUUGGACAUUUGGACAGGAAGCUGCAAACCACUGGUUGCAACUUUACAGGCUGGACACCUUGGCUGCGCAGGCUAAGUUUAUGGAGUGGUGGCAAAACAAGAGUGUGGGACGGUCUUAACUGAACAUGCCAUGGAGGGUGCACUUCCAACUUUGUUUCCAUUUCUACAAUAAGAAUCCAAGUUCACCCAGUCUUACAAAUGUAAUGGUUGAAUCCAAGUACCUUUGCUUUUCAAGUGAGGCAUUUCAUCUUUUCUCUUUCGAAAUACAGUUAAUUGCAUCUUUUUUUCUAUUACAUAA